UCCCCCAAAUCCCCCAGAGCCAGGCUAUGGUGUUUUCCCCUCCACUAUGGCUCAUGGAAAGAAGAUGGGAGGAGAGAUUCCAUUUUAAAGCAGAUGAUUUUAGCUGAAGGGACGGCUCCAUCGUUCUUACUGCACAUGCAAAAAAAAAAAAAAAAAUGUAAUCAGAGCAUCUCAGAAGCGGAGCAUCCCACCAGCGCUAGCUCCUUGCACUGGCGGCUGCUGACUUGGGCUUUUCUCCCUCCCCCCUUUUUGCUUUCUUCAAGAUUAAUCCUUUUAUUUGCACUCUCAACCGCUGACAAUUCUUGUCAAUAAAUGAGGAAGCAUCAUGCUGACCAGUAUCGCCGAUGGGAUCAUGUGUUGCCUGAUGGGCAAGACAACCAACGCGGUGGGGCCCGUGGACAGCGUUGAGUCCAGCGACGGCUACAGCUUCCUGGAGGUGAAGCCCGGGAGGGUCCUGCGGGUGAAACACACCCUGCCCACCCGCCAGUCCGAGGAGGGGCCCGAGGAGGGGCCCGAGCGGGGCGUGGUGCACUGUAAGCGCAAGAUCACCCUCUACCGCAAUGGGCAGCUGGUGAUCGAGAACCUGGGCGAUGCCAUCCGCUCCGAGCUCCUGCACUGCCAGAACGGCCCUGUGGAGCCCCAGAGCACCAUGGAACUGGAGCUCUCGGACGUUGCCGGCAAUGCCUCCACCCAGGGCACCGCUGCCAACCCAGGCUCCGGCGCCCGGCAGGCUCCAGCGCCCGGCAAGCGCCGGAAGCGCAAGCCCAAGAAGGUCGUCAACAUCGACUGCAAGAAGCAGAUCAGCAGCUGCAAGGGGACGCAGAGCGACGUGGUGCUGUUCUUCAUCCACGGCGUGGGCGGCUCCCUGGACAUCUGGAAGGAGCAGCUGGACUUCUUCAGCAAGCUGGGCUACGAGGUGGUGGCCCCGGACCUGGCCGGACAUGGCUCUAGCUCCGCCCCUCAGAUCGCGGCCGCCUACACCUUCUACGCCCUGGCCGAGGACAUGAGGGCCGUCUUCAAGCGAUAUGCAAAGAAGAGGAACAUUCUGAUAGGUCAUUCGUAUGGGGUUUCCUUCUGCACCUUCCUAGCCCACGAGUACCCGGACCUGGUCCAUAAGGUGAUCAUGAUCAACGGGGGCGGCCCCACCGCGCUGGAGCCCAGCCUGUGCUCCAUCUUCAACAUGCCAACCUGCGUCCUUCACUGCCUGUCCCCCUGCCUGGCCUGGAGCUUCCUCAAGGCUGGCUUCGCUCGCCAGGGUGCCAAAGAGAAGCAGCUGCUCAAGGAAGGCAACGCCUUCAACGUCUCCUCCUUCGUCCUGCGGGCCAUGAUGAGUGGCCAGUACUGGCCGGAGGGCGACGAGGUCUAUCACGCCGAGCUCACCGUGCCGGUGCUGCUGGUGCACGGCAUGCACGACAAGUUUGUGCCAGUGGAGGAGGAUCAGCGGAUGGCCGAGAUCCUGCUGCUUGCGUUCCUGAAGGUGAUUGAGGAGGGCAGUCACAUGGUGAUGAUGGAGUGUCCGGAGACAGUGAACACCCUGCUCCACGAGUUCCUCCUGUGGGAGCCCGAGAUGCCGGCCGGGGAAGGGCGAGAAGGGGAGAAGAAAUAAGCCAGCCAGCGAGCGGUGACCCGGCUGAGGUGCUUUGACGGGAGGGACUUUUCCACGUGGAGAGAGACGGGGUCUGAGUGCAGGCGCAGAGUGGGGUGUGGUGGAAAGGCUCCCCCCCCACACCACGCAUGGAGUUGUUUCCUUCCCUGGAUACAGCUGGAUUGGAAGCUGGGCUGGCUGGCGGCUAAGCACAAUGGCUUCAAGGGGAGCGUCUUUGCAGGGCCUGGCGUGCGCAGGCUGGCGGCAGGAGUAGGGCAAACUGGCCGAGGGGCGCGCUCCCUGGGAGGGCACGGCCGCUGCUGGAGCAUCUUCAUCCUGUUUCCUUGUAGUAUAAUUUCUCUCAUGCAAUGGCCCCAUUUGGGGCAGGGGGUGGAGAAGCGAGACUGUGGGGAGGGGCUCAGACCGGUUCCUCUCGGUACAGCACGAGGGGCAUCUCCGCUCCCCAGAGCAUCCCACCACCCAUUCACCAAAGGGGUGCUUGAAGGGGGAAGCCAAGAGAUGAGGAUGGCUCUGCCCCCUGGACAAAGCCACAAGGGGCAGCAUCUUCCCAUGAGCUCUUAGCAACUAGAUCCCCCUCUUUGCUUCGGCUGAACGUGUGCCAGCCCCGGGCAGCCAGAGGGCCAGUGGUGGGCUUGACCCUGCCCGACACAGGGUACCUGCCCCGAGGAGCUCACAACCGAAAUGGCGGGCGGCUUUUGUCCCAGGGAGAAAUGAGGACUGGUCCCCGCAUGUCUGGCUGGUAGCAGAGCAAGGCGGGAUCGUGACUGGUGGUGCCAGACUCCGAAAUGCAGCCCUAGAGCCUGGCUCCUGCUGACCCCUAGCUGCCCUGCCUUGGGGCUGGGCCCCUAGAUCUGCUUGACACCAGCUGGCCGAGAGAAGGGGGCGGCUCAGCAAAGGACGAGCCGUCCAGCAGCAGGAUCUCCUGUUAUUUCUCAGCACGCCCCCCGGCACGCCUUCCACCUCCUAAACCACCAGUGCUUUAGGUACCUUUCCCCUGGCUUCAUCCACACGCCGACCCUCCGUUUCCCCACACAACCUGCCAUGAACCGAUGGGGCCGGCGGAGGGUCUUGGGGAACUGAUUUUGAAGCUGCCCCAUGAUCAGUCAGACCGUAGGUCAAUGACACUGCAUCCGGCUGCACGACGACUCCAGACUGCUCCCUUCACUGCGGCCAGGCCCUGCCUCCAAGCCUUUUCCUCGCCAGCCUCCCGCUGAGCAGCCCCCGAGCAUGCAGUUUGGUAGCCCUGCCGGCAGCUAAAGCGCGUCCGCAUGCGACGCGGAGAGGGGGCCGUGACACGUCAUCUUCUAGCCAGCAACCCCGAGCGUCCGUCCAGCCCCGUUAGCGUCACUUUUUGCACCAAAACCUGGUGGGCGUGGAGUAAUCUAGCCCGGGGUUAGUGCGGGGAGGAGAACACUGCAAGUAAUGAAAGAAUAACUACAAAAGAAAAUCGGUCACGUACCUCUAGAUGCAAGUACUAUGGAAAAACAACCGCUGGACCCUGGCAAACCCAGCAGCGGGGCAGGCACCGUCUGGGAGGGGCUGAGUCCGUUGCAGAACAGGGGCUCCGAAGAGUUGAAAGUUGAGCUCUGAGGCUCCCCCUCCACUUUGACAGCAGCGUCCAGCUGCAGGCCAGACUGACCCAGAGGCAGAGGAAAAAAAGUCUCCCCCAACCCCUCAUUUUCAGCUACUAGGAGUGAGGGGAUGGGUGGGGGCUGCUGCGUGCCAGAGGCCUGGCUGGGACAGCCGUGCAGGCCGCCUGUCGGCUCCCUCCUUCCCCACACUGGAUUAUUGCCCAUAAAGGAACAGCACUUCGUGGGUGUACAGCUGCACACCAACCCUGUGCGGCAUCGCCCGGGCCACCAGAGCCCACGCCGGGCUCAGGGAUCUCUCCCUUCCCUGCUCUGGCAUCGAAACCAAAGAGAUACAAACCAGCCCUCCACAGAGCAGCUCCUGCACUCUGCAGAGAACGGAACAGGGCGGGGCGGGGCAGAUCUUCGCCCCGAGAACGGAGGCUGAGCCAAUCCUCUACUGGAGCUGGAUCGAGUUGCUGGAAGGACCUUUGGGGGCCUCUUGAGGGCAGCUGGUCCCCUGCUCUUCUGCACAGCCAGGGCUGAGGUGCUUCCAAAGUGCCAGGCCAUGGGAGGGGCUUCUGCGCCCACCUGUGUGAUGGCACCACUUCUCCAAGGCCAAGCCUGCUCCAGGCACGCUCGGCCCUGCCACGGACUGCAGUGGCCGUGGGCCAAGCCAAAAGCCACUGCUGAGCUUGGCUCGCCCCCGGGGAGCACAGCCCCAGGGUCUCUGACAUGACAACAGGAACCACCAUAAGCCUAGCGAUGGCCCUUCCAGAACCUAACCCCUCUCCCGAGACAGCAGGUUCUAGUGGGGAGGAAGCCUGAGUGUGGCAACCCACCAUAUGCGAGAGCAACCCGACUCCCCGCCCCGCGGCUCCCCGGGAACCAGCGGGGUUUGAUCACUGACUGAAGGGCGUCGCUCCCGGGUGCUCCUGACCCAUGUAGCUGUGCCAGACUUGGCUCCUGGCCCCUGCCCAGUGCUCCGCUCUCCGGAUCGGUUUGUCUCAUGAUGAGAAUUUUAAUGACUUACAAGGAGCUUCAAAACGUGUUUCCAUUUACACAGUCGACUUUGCCUCCAGUGAACUGUGUGACCAAGUGGCUGCUAUUAACUUGCGGAGGCAGAAAUUUCUAGACUAAUGCCAUCUAGACACCCUCGUCAUCAGUGACCUGGCUGGACGACCCCCACGUUACAGCAUCUCUAUUAUCCUCUGGGUCCUUCAUUCUUCGUGGACACUGCCCAGCACUUCAGCCUUCUGAUGUUUUAUUUCAGACCAGUUGCAGAAAUGUGCAUAGACCUGUCGUAACCUUUGGGCCUAUCCCUUUGGGAGCUGAAUCCUCGCUGGUUCUUGCUGUGGGGCUCGGAGGCACUUUCCUUUUGAGUGAAGCGUAGAACUGGUCAGGAAAGACGCCCCAGCCCAUUGGUAAAGCGCAGGGGGAUGUUAACCUCAGUGCUCUGGUCCAGGCCCACUCUGGGCAAUUACAUUGUGCCUGCUUAAAAUGAACCCUGCCAUUUCCAGUUGAAACUGGGGCGCAGUUUUGCUGCCUGCUAUUAAACAGCUGCUGCAUUUCAGUGGGCAGUGAAAUUAUCCCCCUGUGGCUCAGACAGCCCCGGCUCGCUGGAAACUACAGACAGAUUCUCUUUGCAGGGGCAUCUCGGAGAGAAGCAGCAACUCAGCCACCUCUGGCCCCGAGCAGCAGGAAAACGACCCAGCAGCUUCCAAGGAGGAAGGACUAAACGGCAGACAGGCUCCUGGCUCUAGUUCAGAGUUCUGAUGGGGGCCGGAACCGCUAACGCCGAGGAGUCUGUCGGCCACACCCUGGACUGAGGAAUGUGCAGUAACAACCCCAUUGCCAGAGCGUGGAUUUGCACUGAGUGCAGACUGGGGACGGCUGCAGCGCCAGCCAGCCACAGGAGAACACUGUGGCUGUAGCUCAAAGAAAUCUCUGCUUACUGCAGUAGACAGACUAGUCUCCCCCCCAUCACCCACCAAAACAGGGGCAGCAAUUGACCAUGGCAAAGGAAGCAGCCCUGGACCCAAUUCCUUCUCACCCACACCCUGUGCAGUCACUGACACCAGUGGGUGUAAAAUGCUACCACCUUAGCACUAGGGGUUAAUGGCUGCCCCAGGUGUGGGGUGAAGAGGAUGUGGGUCACCUGGGUGCAGCCCUGUCCCCCCCCUUCCCCUCACCCUUAGAGCAGGGUGUGUUCAACUAGCCCCACUGAUGGGGCGGGGGGAGGAGCUGUUCUCAUGAGGAGGGAGGGAGAGAGAAAAGGCCAAUGCUUUGGUUUAGCUUCUCUCCCACUAGGUGGCAAGGGUGAGCUUCCCAGAGAACUGUCUCUAACCACCAGCACCAGGCAGGCUGGGGCCGGAAGCCUGCUGCUGGCACUGGUCUGCCAGGCUGGCUGAUUUGACCAUUAACACUCCCUCCCUGCAGCUGGGCUCCAAGAGCUGCUUCCCCCCCCCUCCCCCCCCAAUCCUCCUGAGUUGUACUUGGAAACACAGGGGUGACCUUGCCGCUGCGCUGAGGUGACUGUUACUGUGCCCUGGUCGUGGUACACGUUCUUUUCAGUGUUUGUUGCCAUGAAUUGCGGAGUCUGUGCCGCUUGUACCUGACCCUGCUUGUGUUGAAGCAAAAGGAAAGUUGUGCACUGUAAUCCACCAUUUAAAGAUGAAACCCUAACCUGUGAGCGUGCCAUUUCAUACAGUAAAUAGCCAUUCUAUUCUCA